UGCUCUCAAAAUCUUCCCCCAUGGAAAUACCUUUUCAGCACACAUCUGCUAACAAGAUAAAUGUUCAUUAAAAUCCCGUUUAUGUGUGCCUUGUAGUCUAAAUUUAAAUGUCGGAUUUAGUAGAAGAGUGGAGGGUCGUUCGACGGGGAAAAGGGGCAUCAAGACAAUUUAAAUCUAAAAAAAAAUGUCCGUCCUCCGCUGCAUGUCUUGAGGAACAGCUGGAUGUGGAGAAACUGAUCAGACGGAUCAAAGACACGGUUUCCGAGCUAAGCGCUGAGGAGGUUUGGCAGCAGUGGAAAGAUCAGCUUCUACUGACAACUUCAUCACCUGAUUGGAGAUCUUCAGGCAACAGUGAGACAGAUGGCAAUCAUUACAAGAAUGCAGAGGGAAGGACAGCACGCCAACAUGUGGAGUGUGUGUGUUAUGGCCUUGGCACCUUUUCUUCUUGUGUCUUAGCCCGCUACCAACUUGCCAUGUUGCUGCUGCUGCUGGAUGCAGGAGAGAUUCCCCUGAAGGAUUGCUCUGUUUACGAUCCUGCAUUCUCCUCUGCAGAAAGGGACGUAUUGAGAGGGCUAGGUUUGACCGUACUCACAGAAAAUGAGGAGGGGAAGCGCCUGGCCACCAAGCCUACCCUCUUUUAUCUAAUGCACUGUGGAAAAGCCCUAUACAACAACCUGCUUUGGAAGAACUGGAGCCCACGCUGUUUGCCACUGGUAACAAUCAUCGGAAAUUGCUUCAGCGGAAUCAGGGAGAGGACCAUUGAGAGGGAAAUGAGGCAGGAUUACAACUACAUCAGCAAAGUUGUGGAUUGGUGUGAAGAGAGACUGCUGCCGUGUCCUUCCCGACUGAUAGACGUGUUCAGUGAUACAGCAGUUAUCACUUUUCCUUCAGACCGAUUGAACAAACUUCCACAGUCUACUUGGACAGAGUCACCGGAACCGCAGUACCACCAUUGUUCAGAUUUAGAGAUUAUUCUGAAACAAAAAUCCAUCUCAGACGCUCCAGAGACGGAGGAUAGAUGACAACAGAUGUAUUUUCACAUAUAACAUUGAUGUAAUUUUGUUUUAUGCCCAAUUCCACAGAUCUGAAUCACAGUGACUUUUAUUCUGUGGCUUAUUGGAUAAAAGAACAGUAUUUAUUACUCUCUUUCAAUCUGAUUUAACAUAGUCUGUGUUAACUCGAUCAAUGUCUGCUUUGAAGUUUUUCUUCCCUGUUUAUUAUUAUGUUACUUAGAAGGCGUGGUAUCAAACAACACUUCUAUACUGUGAAGUUCUGACAGUUGACAUUUUCUGCAGAAGCUGACUUAAAAGAAGGUGGUGCCUACAUAUCAGAGCUGUAGAACCUAAAUUUUGGUUUAUAACAUACAUUUUAGCAUCAUUCUUACUAAGAAGGACCCAAUAAACUAGACCAUCUAACCGAAAUGAAGACAAUGUGGGUUCCAUAGCCUUUGUCUUCAGCAAAUGUUGCAAAAUGAAAUGGUUGUCAGGCAUGUAUCCAGACUGGUAAAUAUCUGUUAUAAACCAUGUUGUGUGAAACAGCAUCACUCUAUAACACCCAACUGGACCAAAAUAAAUUUUUUUUUUUUUACUUUUAAGAUAAGCCGGGGGUUGUGGUCUAAUAAACUACAUAGAUGAUGAUUUUAA